AUACAUGUUCCGAUGCUUUUUGUCUCCAGGUGGAGAUCUGUUUUGGCCUCUCAGAGAUAUGGAUGGAUCAAGGAUCCUGCUGGUAACUAUAUUCGUAUUGAUUUGUCUAAGAUUGUUACUGAGAAUUUGAUACCCGGGGGCCUGAUGAUUUCCCGCACCUGUGGAUUUGCGGAACCCCAAAGGGUUGUUUUGUUCUAUCAGACUUUUGAUAAUCAGUUUAAUAUGCGGAUAGUUGAUGAUCGGGGUUUGGAUAUUCCUUACUUUGGUUUUCAUUAUCCGAUAAAUCACCAUGUCAGAAGAGUUGCUGAUCCUUCUUACGUUUCGCCUAAGUCUUUCAUCUCUGUUGUGGAUUCUCCAAAUGAUGAUGGUGAGGUUGGAUUACCCAUUCCUUUUGAGAUGUUCGGGGAGUUCGUGGCUGUUGAGGAUGUUGGACAUGAGGCUGGAAAUACUGUUGUCAAUGGCCCGUAUCAGAUUCCUGAAAAUGAUGAACCUGUUCAUAUCCCCGCCGUUGAUGGUGAGCCAGAGGAGUACAUAUGGACUCUAAAGGUGACUCAGGCUGUUGCUGAUGGCAGAAGUGUUAUGCAUUUUCCUAGGUAUGUGAUUGAUAAUUUUGAAUUCUCUGUUGGAAAUGAGAUUGAUGUCCUUGAUGAUGCUUCUGGGGAAAUAGUUAGUUGUAGGCUGAAGACUUUCACCAAGCCAUCUGGUUAUGUCAUGAAGUAUCUUUCAGGAGGUUGGCACCAAUAUGUUAGAUCCAAGGAGUUGAACGUUGGCGAUCGCAUUUUGUUUGGGGUUGUGAAUCCGGUCAUGGAUGUUGUCUUUCGCAUCCAUCGUCAGUAAAGUUUGUGUUGCUCUCUCUUUGUUGGAUAUUUAGUGUUGCUGAAGCCUUAUCCCCCAUGUUGUGUGCUAGGUAAUGAACCUUUGUCUUUGUUUGUCGAAUAACCCUGUUUGUGUAUUGCUUUUCCUGUUUUUGAAGUUUUUUGUAACUUAAGACACCGUCAGACAAGCUUUGUGUAAUGAUCUUUUAAUAUCUAUGUGUAUUUGUUUGUUAUGUUUAUGUUAUUGAUUUCAAUUAU